AACAAGUGAAAAUAUUCAUGAACUAACAUGUAAUCACAAAGUUUCUAUCUUAAUUCCAUUGAAGAACACAACAACAACGCCUGAAAGUAGUCAAAAUUGCAAGUUUCAAUCAUUUUAACAUGAAUAAACAUGUAAAGCACGUACACAUUUCUGUGACGUAAAAAGUCUCAUGCUAUCGGAUCGUGACUCAGAUUAUUACACGAAUGCAUUGAAUAUUCGAUGCUUUGCACUCGUUCAAAAACAACGAUUUAAUAUUUUGUUUCUGUGAGAAUUUAAGAAAUAUCAAUAAAAGCCAGUCAAAACAUCUGUUACAGAAGUAUAUUUUUAUCAAAAUUUCUUCAUCAAGCCUGCUGUGGUUGUAUCUUCGACCCGUUUGCAAAUUUAAUCGAUAUAUUUUUUAUGUAGACAGCUUUAAAAAUAAUUAUUACAAAGAAACACUUGCUCAUUACAAAACAAUGCUCACUUUUUAUUGAAUUCAAUCGUGUACGAGCACAAUUUUAUGAACUGGUUGACCAGUCGUAUUGGAGCUUUUUAACUGAAAACUGUUUCUGAGCAAAUUGUUAUCUGUUUGAAAUUUUAGCAUGAAGAGAUUUGCGUUUAGCUUAUUGAAAUGUCACCCAAAGUGUUCGGCAAUAUUUCUACAGCGAAUCAAAGUAAUCCCUGUGAUUGUUGUACUGUUUUGCGUUGGUAUAAUUUGGAUUUGGAUGGAAUCCGCUAGAAAACCUGCGGACAUCGUUUAUUGCACUGUUAAUGACGAGUUGCGUUAUAAACUUAAACUAGAGAAUCUGGAUGUGCCGAUCGUAGCUGAUGCGAGUCCUCGUAAUGGAAAUCCACCAGAACAAAGAUUGGUGCAUCUCGAUUUAAAAGGAGCUCCACCGAAGAUAGCUUAUCUGAAGCGUUUAUUGCCGAUGUUAAAAGUUCUUGGUGCAACCGGAUUGUUAAUCGAGUACGAAGACAUGUUCCCAUACCAAAAGCCUAUCGAACAUCUUUCCGCAACAAAUGCAUAUAGCAGAGCUGAAGUGCGUGAGCUACUUAAGGCUGCAACGUGGGCCGGCUUAAGCGUAAUGCCAUUGGUUCAAACGUUCGGGCAUAUGGAAUUUGCAUUAAAACAUGAACAAUAUUUAAAUCUACGUGAAACAAUCUCAUCACCCGACUCAAUCUGUCCAAAUCGAAAGGAAUCAAUGGAUUUGAUCGAACAAAUGCUCAUGCAAAUAAUCGAAAUGCAUUUACCGAUCGAAGAAGACGGAUUAGUUUGGCCGAAAUUUUCACACUUGCACAUUGGAUGUGAUGAAGUUUAUAACAUGGGUCAAUGUUCACGAUGUAAAUCAAAGAGUAAGCAUCAUUUGUUCGUAUCACACAUCAAAAAGGUUACCACUGUCAUUCGAAAUCGAUGGCCACACUUGAAAGUUGUCAUUUGGGACGAUAUGAUGCGCUCGAUGCCAUUGAAUGAAUUACAAGACUCACAAUUGGGUGACUUGAUUGAGCCAAUGAUUUGGGCUUAUCAUACCAAUUUGAAUGAAAAUAAUUUUCAUGAAAUAUGGAUGCGGUACGCUUCAGUGUUUUCAACUGUUUGGGCUGCAUCUUCGUUCAAAGGAUCAGCUGGGGAAACAGCAAUUCUGCCGCCGAUUCGAAAACAUUUGGAGAAUCAUUUGCAAUGGAUGGCUUUGAUAAAUAUCUAUGCAAAUCGAUUUAGGAAUGGUAUUCAAGGGAUCGCCCUAACCGGUUGGCAGCGAUACAAUCAUUUCGUUGGCUUGUGCGAAUUGUUGCCUACAUCUAUUCCCAGUUUGGCACUUUGUUUAAGCGUUUCGUCAUUGGGCUACUUCGAACCAAACUACAAUAAAACAUCGAUAUUAUCGACACUGUCGUGUCCACAGCCAAAAAAUGAUCGAUGGAUCGAUUUGUCUACCAAUGAAAUAAAUGUGAAUGAAUACAAAGAGUUUCGAGACUGUUCAUUCCCCGGCCAGAAGGCGAUGGAAUUCAGUAUCAAAUUGCAUUCAAUUUUAGAUGCGACCCGACAUUUUCUUAUCAGGAUUAACUUUGAUCACAGUUUCUUAUCUCCAUAUGCAGUGAAACACGGCUUUGGGUCACCGAUAAAUAUUGAAUGGGCCGUAAGGGAUUUGACAGAACUGGAAUCACAGCUACAAAACAUUCUCAUGAACGCUGAAGAAGCGUUGGCCGACUAUUACGAUAAAUAUACGAUCAAUGAAGUUAUUGAACAAAAGAUCAUGCCAUUAAUAGAUGCUUUGAAAAAAAUGAAAGAGAAUGCCGAAUAUUUAACAUCAAUCCAAGUUUGGCCACGAAGACCACUUAAUUAAGAAAGAAAGAUAGGGGUCUAAUUAUUUUCAUUAUUGUUUUAAAAAAAAGAUGAAUAGAGGAGAUCGAUUUUAACUUUUAUGUAAAACAGAAAACGGCUAGUUUCAAAGUGUCAUUGAAAUACGUAUUCCUACACAUACAUUCACUGAAGAAUUUAUCGCAAACAAAAAAUCAAAGUCCAAGCCCAACAACCACACAGCAAUAGAUGUUUAUAUCUUUUAGGGUGCAGUCACACUAGGAAACAUUUUACUGGAAACAUGGAAACAAAUUUUCGCAAAUGUAUGAAAAAAAAAGAUGCUGGAAACAAACACUUUUUAUUUCCAUACAUUUGCGAAAAUUUGUUUCCAUGUUUCCAGUAAAAUGUUUCCUAGUGUGACUGCACCCUUAGUAUUCUGUUUUUGCUAUUAGAUGUGUAUUUUGCAGAAGUUUUUUUAAAAAAAAUAAAUUUUCAGAAAUCUGAUGAAAUUGUUUAUCAAAAAACGCAUAAUUGACUCACGACUUGGUUCAGAUCAAAAGAAAUCAGCCGAAGUGCCGCCUGAUCAAAAUAAGAUUUGCUUCGAUUUGGUGUCAUAGAUGUAAAAAGAGUCGAUUUUCAUUUUGUGAACACAUGAUUUAUUUAUCUGUUAAAUGGUAAAUCUGGUUUUUGCCUUGUGAAUAAUUUAGUUGCAGUUCAUUCGAUCGCUUUUUAUUUUCAAUCUUUGGGUAUCGUGCAAAAAAAUCCCUUCCGAUUCGCUCUUGAAGUCACCAGUUGGAUUGCCAUUUACUUUCCAAUUGGUUGAAAUAGCCAUAACCUUGGUGUCCGAAGGCUCCUUUAAUCAAACAUUCAA